AUGCCGAACGGCGACUCAGAAUAUUAUGACUACGUUGGUUUUGAGGAUUUAGAUGGAAAAGAAAAGAUGUUUUGGACUUCUAUCAUGAAUUUUGCCAGCAGGUACAGUUUAUACCUUGAUCAUGCCAGUCUUGUAAUUGCGACAUUUGGAUUAUUCGGCAAUAUUUUCCAUUUAGCAGUUCUCACUUGAAAAUCGAUGAGAAACUCGUCAGUUACAGUAUUCUUAAUCGGAAUCGCAAUUUGUGACUUUUUUCGUAUGACUUCCACAGUUGUCUCACUUUCUAAAAUGUGUUAUGAUGAAUUUUCAACGCUGGAAAUUUCAGACAAAUGUGUUCCGCCACAAUCAUAUCUUGAAAUGUCAAUUUUUCUAGCCUUGAGUUCAUUAGAAAUGCUUUCCUCAGACUUGUCAGUUUGGCUUGCAGUUUUUAUGACUUUUUUUCGUGCUCUGGUCAUGCGAUACCCAUUUCACCAGCGCAUCAAUUCACUUGUCAAAUCAAAAGCCGGCCUAUGUGCAGUCAUUCCUAUUUUUGUUCUGAUAUCCCCAUUUAUGCUAUUUUUCCAUUAUCAUAUCACUAUUCGCAAAAAUUCCGUCUGGCACCCAUCUCCAGAUUGCUUAAAUUUCCCGCCAAACUACUCACAAAUUGAGUAUUAUUAUCUGGCAACCGAACUUUCUGGUAAACUGGGAAAUGCGCUGAUUGAAAAAAUGCUACAUAUCGAAGGAGUAUUAUUCAAGUUUAUUCCAUCUAUAGAUCUUCUGGUGGCAACUUUAAUCUUGGUUUCUGAGCUCAAAAAAUGGAAAAAGAUCAAAGUGACAAUUAAAAGCAAAAAUGACAAGGAGCGGACAACAAAAUUAGUUUUCUUCGUCACUCUUUCAUUUUUAGUUGCAAUUAUACCACAAGGAAUAUCAUACAUUAUUAUGCUUCAAACUCUGGAGGGAUCCAUUUUUAGAGUUAUAGUUAAUUAUUUGUCAGUUACAUAUUCAUUUUUAUCGGUAAUCAAUGGUGCCAUCCAUUUUUUAAUUGUGUAUUUUAUGGCGUCCGAAUACCGAACAGCGGCUAAGGGCUUGUUUUGGAAAAAGACAAAUUCAGUUGCGAUAAUUGAUGUAACAAGUUCUGGGAAUAUGAACUCAAUAACGAGCAAAAAAUGUUGA